GUCGAGUCUCGAUCAAGAUGAUCUCGUUCACAACAGCGUUAAUCGUCGUGGCUGUGUUGCUCCUCCUUUACCGCUAUCUGUGGAAGCCGAUGAAGUACUUCGAGCAAGUGGGUGUCCCCCACGAACCAUGGCUGCCGAUCGUAGGCCACUUGGCGCCGAUCGUGUUUCGUCGGGUCUAUUUUUCCGACCAUUUCCAAGCAAUGUACAAUAGUUUUCCAGACGCCAAGUAUUUUGGAGUCUACAGUUUUACCAAACCUGCGAUAGUGCUCCGUGAUCCUGACUUGAUCGCUUCAAUUACCAUAAAGAACUUCGACAACUUCACCGACCAUGUUGGCUUCGCUAACGAGCAAUUGGAUCCUCUGUUGGGGAAAAACCUAAUCGCCCUUAAGGGCGAUCGUUGGCGAGAGAUGAGGAAGGUGUUGAGCCCAACGUUCACGUCCGCCAAGAUGAAGAUCAUGUUCAACCUGAUUAUCGACUGCGCGGAUAACUUCACCAAGCACAUCGCGAAACAAUCCAAAGACGGGAAAGUGUUCAAUGUGAAGGACAUCUUUGGUAGAUACACGAACGACGUUAUCGCAACCACCAGCUUUGGAAUUGCUGUGGACUCGAUGGAGGAUCCUGAGAACGAAUUCUUCGUGUUCGCCAAGCAAACUGUACAGGCUUUCAAUAACCAGACGGUGAAGAUGAUGCUGAUAACGAACUUUCCUAAUCUGGCAAGACUGCUCCGUAUGAGGCUGUUCAACGAGGCGACACAUCGAUACUUUGCCAGUGUUGUUGCCAACACUGUUCAAAUGAGGAAGGAGAAGGGUAUUUACCGACCAGACAUGAUCCAGCUGAUGAUCGAGUCCAGACACGCGGACGGACGAGAGCUCAACAUCGAUGAAAUAACGAGCCAGGCGUUUAUCUUCUUCCUGGCUGGUUACGAAGCGUCCUCGACCUUGCUGUCCUUCGCUGCUCACGAAAUCGCCGUCAACCCUGACGUACAGGCUAGAUUGCGAGCAGAAAUCGAGGAUGUCAUGAAAGCUACCAAUGGAAAACCCACCUACGACGCUGUCAACAACAUGAAGUAUAUGAGCGCAGUGAUAAACGAAGCUGGCAGAUUAUACCCUGCGGCAGUCGCUUUGGAUCGACUCUGUGUAAAGGAGUUCGUGCUCCCUCCCGCAACAGAGAAUUCCAAGCCUGUGACGAUGAAACCGGAAGAUGUCGUGUGGAUCAUACCAUUUACGCUCCACCGAGAUCCAAAGUACUUCCCAGAGCCGAAAAGAUUCGAUCCUGAUCGGUUUCUGACGAAAGAGAUUCCUCAGAACGUGUUCGUUCCAUUCGGUAUAGGCCCAAGAAUUUGCAUAGCGAACAGGUUCGCCUUGAUGGAGGUCAAGAUUGCGUUGUUUUACCUUCUACUGCGCUGCGACAUAGAGCCUUGCGCGCAGACUACCAUUCCUAUGAAAUUCAGCACUAAAAACUUCUCCAUGGUGCCUGAAAAUGGGUUCUGGUUGAGGUUCAAGUCCAGGAAAGAUUGAAGCGCGUAACUGUCGUCAGUGUUGAUGUCGAUGAAGCUUUGGAUGCUACACCUAAUAAAUAAAAAAUGUAUUUGAACAAAACAUUUAUCUCUUAACCUGCUCCGAAUCUCUUAUAAAUUGUUAUUUGCAACUUGAUAUGUAGUUGGAGUCAUUGUAUGUCACUUGACAUUCCCGAUUGUAAUUGAAACCAUCACCUGCUGAUUGGAAUCGUCGAUUGACAUUUUUGCAGCUUCUCCUGAAUCUAUACCGAGAGUAUCACUAUCGAGACAAAUUCGAGAUUGCAACGUUUUGCAUUUUUUCGAUAUUCAGAUAUAAAUUGAGCCUAGAAAUUGCGAAAAGCUGUUUGAAAAAAAAAAUAUUGUAUAUGCCUGUGUGUAGAAAUGUGUGUUGGUCGUCUUUUAAUUGGGACCUGUCAUGUUACCACAAAAUGACCUUGACCGUAAGCUCUCAGCCGUAUCAAUGUAGACAAAAGUACAAUUGAAUGAAAUUCAAUUGACCGAGACUGUUAUGCGAAUACGUCAUCCAUGCCCCCUACUUUUAUACUACGCCGGAUUGCCUCUCUCCACAAAACUCAUGCGUGCUGGUCGUCCACAUAUGUAUACAUACAGCCAGUUCGUUAACCUUGAUUACCCAAUACUUUGUUUGCAGACAAGUAGCGCUAGUUAAUUGCUCAUUGAAAUAUUCUGUUGCAUCAUGUAAUGUAUGGAAUGUUCUGCAGAUUGCCAAAUGAAAAGCAAGCAAAGUUGCACUUGCAUUUCUGCAUUGAAUAAUCAAAUUAUAUGUAUUCUUAGGAUACACUAACGUAUCUUGAAGAAGUCAAUUUAUUCACUGCUGAAACAUGGAACAUAUGCUAAAAAAUAAUUGGUAAUGUUACUAAUUCCUAUUCUCUUAUGUUAUAUUUGAUUGUUUUUAAUAAAACUUUUUCAGAGAUCAGAUAAAAUACGUUUAUAAAAUAUGUAUAAUAAAAAGAAGAAAGAAAGAAAGAUUAUAACACCA